GGCGGCGGCGGCGAUCACCGACUCCGCUCCCCCCCUUCUCCUCCUCUCUCGUUUUCCUCUUCACUUUCCUCCCCCCCCCCUCCUUUCCCGGUCUCACCUCACGCCGCCAUGGAGCUCAUCACGAUCUUGGAGAAGACGGUCUCACCAGACCGCUCCGAACUCGAGGCGGCUCAGAAGUUCCUGGAGCAAGCGGCCAUCGAGAACCUGCCCACUUUCCUUGUGGAACUGUCCAGAGUGCUGGCAAACCCAGGAAACAGCCAGGUUGCCAGAGUCGCAGCUGGUUUGCAGAUCAAGAACUCACUGACUUCUAAAGAUCCUGACGUGAAGGCUCAGCACCAGCAAAGAUGGCUUGCAAUCGCUGCCAAUGCUCGCCGAGAAGUCAAGAAUUAUGUUUUGCAAACUUUGGGUACCGAAACCUACCGGCCCAGCUCAGCCUCACAGUGCGUUGCUGGCAUCGCCUGUGCAGAAAUCCCUAUGAAUCAAUGGCCUGAACUCAUUCCUCAACUGGUAGCCAAUGUUACGAAUCAGCACAGCACAGAGCAUAUGAAAGAGUCAACAUUGGAAGCAAUUGGUUACAUCUGUCAGGAUAUUGACCCAGAACAGCUUCAGGACAAGUCAAAUGAGAUCUUGACGGCCAUUAUCCAGGGCAUGAGAAAAGAAGAACCAAGUAAUAACGUGAAGCUAGCGGCUACCAAUGCACUCCUGAACUCUUUGGAAUUCACCAAAGCAAACUUUGACAAAGAGUCUGAAAGGCACUUUAUUAUGCAAGUAGUCUGUGAAGCAACACAGUGUCCAGAUACAAGGGUGCGAGUAGCUGCCUUACAGAACUUGGUUAAGAUUAUGUCUCUCUAUUAUCAGUACAUGGAGACAUAUAUGGGCCCUGCACUUUUCGCUAUCACAAUUGAAGCCAUGAAAAGUGAAAUCGAUGAAGUGGCUCUGCAAGGAAUCGAGUUCUGGUCAAAUGUCUGUGAUGAAGAAAUGGACCUGGCUAUUGAAGCAUCAGAGGCGGCAGAGCAAGGAAGGCCUCCAGAGCACACUAGCAAAUUCUACGCUAAGGGUGCCCUACAGUAUCUUAUCCCAAUUCUCACACAGACAUUGACCAAGCAGGAUGAAAAUGACGACGAUGAUGACUGGAAUCCCUGCAAAGCAGCAGGGGUCUGCCUCAUGCUCCUGGCUAACUGUUGUGAAGAUGAUAUCGUCCCCCACGUUCUGCCUUUCAUCAAAGAACACAUAAAGAACCCUGACUGGCGAUACCGAGAUGCUGCAGUCAUGGCAUUUGGGUGCAUUUUGGAAGGACCCGAGCCCAACCAGCUCAAACCUCUUGUUAUUCAGGCUAUGCCAACUCUAAUAGAAUUAAUGAAAGACCCCAGCGUCGUGGUCAGGGACACGACUGCGUGGACUGUGGGUCGGAUCUGCGAGCUGCUUCCUGAAGCAGCCAUAAACGAUAUUUACCUCGCUCCACUGCUACAGUGUCUAAUUGAAGGCUUGAGCGCAGAGCCAAGAGUGGCAUCAAAUGUGUGCUGGGCUUUCACCAGUUUGGCAGAAGCAGCUUAUGAGGCUGCUGAUGUAGCCGAUGAUCAGGAAGAACCAGCAACAUACUGUUUAUCAUCAUCAUUUGAACUAAUAGUUCAAAAGCUCUUGGAGACCACAGACAGGCCUGAUGGACACCAGAAUAACCUGAGGAGUGCAGCCUACGAAGCUUUGAUGGAAAUUGUGAAGAACAGCGCCAAGGACUGCUAUCCAGCUGUCCAGAAGACAACUUUAGUUAUCAUGGAACGGCUACAACAAGUGCUUCAAAUGGAGUCCCAUAUCCAGAGUACAUCAGACAGAAUCCAGUUUAACGACCUUCAGUCGCUGCUGUGUGCCACUUUGCAGAAUGUCCUCCGUAAAGUGCAGCACCAAGAUGCUUUGCAGAUCUCUGAUGUGGUGAUGGCUUCUCUCCUGAGGAUGUUUCAAAGCACAGCAGGAUCCGGGGGUGUCCAAGAGGAUGCCCUCAUGGCUGUCAGCACACUAGUAGAAGUGCUGGGUGGAGAGUUUCUCAAGUAUAUGGAUGCCUUCAAACCUUUCCUAAGUAUUGGGUUGAAGAACUAUGCUGAAUACCAGGUCUGUCUGUCUGCGGUGGGCCUAGUCGGUGACUUGUGCCGAGCCUUGCAGUCCAACAUCCUGCCUUUCUGUGAUGAAGCUAUGCAGCUACUCUUAGAAAAUUUGGGGAAUGAAAACGUGCACCGAUCUGUGAAGCCCCAGAUUCUCUCCGUGUUUGGUGACAUUGCUCUUGCAAUUGGAGGAGAGUUCAAGAAAUACUUAGAAGUUGUAUUGAAUACUCUACAGCAAGCUUCUCAAGCCCAGGUGGAUAAGUCUGACUAUGACAUGGUGGACUACCUGAACGAAUUGCGAGAGGGCUGUUUGGAAGCGUACACUGGCAUCAUCCAGGGACUGAAAGGAGAUCAAGAGAAUGUGCAUCCGGAUGUGAUGUUGGUGCAGCCUAGAGUAGAAUUCAUCUUAUCUUUCAUUGACCAUAUUGCUGGAGACGAGGAUCAUACCGAUGGGGUCGUAGCCUGUGCGGCUGGGCUGAUUGGGGAUUUGUGCACAGCGUUUGGGAAAGAUGUCCUCAAGUUGGUAGAAACUAAACCCAUGAUACACGAACUGCUCACUGAAGGGAGGAGGUCAAAGACGAACAAAACGAAAACCCUUGCAACCUGGGCCACUAAAGAGCUGAGAAAACUGAAGAAUCAAGCUUGAUCUGUUACCAUUGGGAUGACACCUGAGAACCCCCACUGGAAAUCUCCAAUCUAUUGAGAAAAAAACCCAACCCGGAAGUGAGGAAUGUGCACGGAUGCUGAGUGUUUGGGAAUGAGAGGAUGAGUGAGUGAGAGGCUUGAAAACACACCACGGUGAGAAUCCAGCCACGGCAAACAAGCAGCAGCAGCGGCGCUGUCAAUGGAGCUAAUCACUGACUUGCGUAGCAGCAAAACCUUGUCAUCGCUUGCCUCUAGGAAGUGGGAAACGAUUGCUUUUCCAUACUUCAAUGCAGUCUCUUCCGACAGAGACAAAAGACUACCUUCUGUGUCUUUUUGACCAGUGAAGAAGGAGGUGAAAUUAACCUUGGAGAGAGGAAAGCUAGCAUCAGGUUCAAUUUUGAGUGCUAAUAUCUUUUUUAAGGUCUGGCUUUCGUUGCUGGAGAGAAAGGAAGGAGGUGGGGUUAUUCCCCCAGCCCGCCUCAUGUCAACUUGUGAGGUGGGGAAGGGAUUUUUCGGCCGCACAACGCUGUCAGUGCACGAGAGGAACGGGAAGGGUGAAGGAUUUUCUUUCCAGAGUGAGUGUGUGUGAAUGAGGCGGUAUCUACAUUCUCAACUUUAAGUCAUUGCAGUUAAAUCUUUCCCAAAAAGAGAGAGAAAUACUGAGAAAAAGAGGUUAGCGGUUGCAUUUCAUAAACUAACAAGUUCAGUCUACUUGAAGCAGCAGAAAAAUAAAAAGAGUUUAAGGGGUGGGGGGUGGGGGGGACAGAAGUUGCUCCGUCUAGGGGCUUCUUCAGGGAAUCGCUGGUGGGAUGUUCAGAGCUCCCGUCGUGACACUUUUUUCACGAUCUUGUUUCAUUAAAA